CUGACACGAGGCAAAUCAUUUUAAGGCUUUCGCUUUCCUUAAUUCAUCUGGAUAGGCAUCUUGGAAGGAGUUUGUAGUAAGGGGAAAUACAAAUAGCUACCAAGAUGCUCAUGAUCAGGAUGAAUAUCAAAUCUACCGUAGCAAGGUCUAAUCAGUGGGAGGUCGCUCAACUCUCCGGGUGUGUCUUACCCCAAUGUCCUCUGAGAAGCUUGUCCGACAAGCCGCGGACCAAGCCCAUCAUGAGAAGGAGGACUUGAGAACUGAAACUCACCGUCUCCGUCACGAUGCUGAUGAUAAGGCCUUAACUCACCACCUCCAAAAGAUGCUUGUUGAAAAGGACUUAGCCCACCCCGAAAAAGAAAAAGAUGCCGACGAUAGUGCUGCUGUGGAUGAUGUCGAACAAGAUGACUGCUUCAGCGUUGCGGAGAUCGAGGACCCUUGGACGUUCGUGCUGUUUGACCAAGCGUGUGCUCAUGAGGGACGUGCCUUUGCUGACGGUGAGAAGAUCUUUCUACGCACUGAGCUGCUUUAUCAGAGUCCUGAACCACUUCAACUCUCCUGCACGCCAUCAGAGAACAAGGAGGGCCCUUGUAAUCCAUCAAAGAAAGUACAUCAGGAGGAGGGCUCGUCCAUUGGGGGGGCGCCAGUGCGGGCUGUUCUUCACCUUGCACAGGCUGCGCGGGAACUGCAAUGUAAUACUAAUAUGAAGAACACCUCAGCAGACACGCCGGCACAGGAACUGCAACAAGUAGGUAUAGAAAAUAAUAUCUUAGGCGAGACCUCCUCCACCUCCACGCAGCAGGAGGGGCAGCAGCGUGCAGUCUCUUCUUCUAGUACCGGCCGAAGCACGAUGGCAGGCGAG